AUCUCUGCUGCUCAUUCUUAUAGGUCAGAUGAAUGUGUGGAUGUAAAACGCAGCUGUUGGCCGAGAGUUCCAAGUUUGGUUACACCUUUCCCAGCUGAAACUCGAACCUCCUACCCGUUACCUCUGUCCGCAAACCGGGGCGCCCGGAGCUGGAGGUGCUGAAGGGGGACGAUCCAAAUACUAAUGUGAUGGGCUGUUGAUGGAGAGGAUUUCGAAUGUCAGCCGGGACAGUGGUCAUCGCAGGAGGAAUUCUGGCUACAGUUAUCUUACUGACCAUCGUCGCUGUACUGUGCUUAUGUAGGUUGCAGUAUUACUGCUGUAAGAGGGAGGAGUCUGAGAAGGGGGAAGAGGAGGAACCAGAGCUCGCCACCAUGUCUCCUUCCCGGCCCCUGGCUCUGUCCGCUCCCCCUACGCCUCCGACGCCUACCGAGCACUACGGCGACGAACCGGAUAACUACCCCCCCACCUUCCUCACUGAGGCCAACGGGCCUGCCAGCUACUCCCCCACACCGCCACCGCGCAGGUGCCACCGCUCACAUGCCUUCUGCCCGACCUGUGCCCGCUGCUCGCUGCCCUUCUACCUGCAGCACCCAGAGAGGCUCUGCAAUGGCGGCCGCAGGAUCAGCUACAGGACUGUGCAGCAGCAGGACCUUGAGCUGCCCAUGGACCUGACCAGCUUCUACCAGAAGCUCAACCUUAUCCGCUCCGUCACUAUGAAGGAGGUGGUGACCCACAGCAUCAGCACCGACGUCUAGGAGCAGGCGGGGAUAUAUAAGUUAUAUAAGUGUUGUAAUG